AAAAAAAAAAAAACCCAUUGAGAUUCCCAAAAGCGCAGCUUAUGUAAGGCUGCCCUUAAGUUCUUCCCAGUGCAGUGGCAAAGCGACGCCUAAACGGCGCUCAAAAGUGUAAACACAACAGCAACCCCAACCAAGAAAAGGCAGCAGCUUCAGCUCCAUUGAAUUAAGCUCAAUUCGCAAUCUCUCAACUCUCCGUUUUCGUAAUCGUGUUGGGCAAAACAAAAGCAAAAAGCAAACAGCAAACAAAAAAAAAGUGAAUCUGCCUUUCAAGUAAUCUCCAUUUUAAUUUCUAUCUCGCUCGCACCCAACGGUCAGACAGUCUGCCAUUUUUUCCGUUGCUGUUGCUGCUGCUGCUGCUGCUCUGCUGCGUCGCCGUCGCGCUUUUUUAUUGUUUAUGUUUUUUCGUGUUCUGAGCCCGGAGAAGGUUAAGAAAUAAUAAAAGCAAUACAAUCAGAAUCACAAUUACAAUCGCAAUGAAAUGGAAUGAGUGAAAAAUAAAUUUCGUUAACAACAACAACAACAACAACUACGAAAAAGUCGUCUGCCAAGCAAAUUUCACGCCGUAUUUAAUCUUAGCGCAGUGCCCGCCUGCAGUUUAAUCGCUGUUCGUCUUUCUUUCCGUUCGUGUUGUGGGCUCUGUGUUCUGGUUCUGUGUGUUCUCUGUUCUGUUCUGUUCUGUUCUGUACUGUUUUACAGUUAUCAGUAAUCAGUACCCAGCAAUCGGUGCGCGCUUGGCUCUCGUUAUCGUUAUCGUUAUCGUUAUCGUUGUUGCUAUCGUCGCAUCUCUUGGUCAGAGCCAGAGGAGAAAAGCACAGGGCGCAGGCGCAGACGUGUUGCUAUUUUCAAAACACAAUAACGGUAUAUUCGCUCGCACAAGCUGUUCUAUGUUCAUAAGAGUAUAACACAGUCAUCAAGUCCAUCGCAACCGAAUAUCAAUAUAUGCGUAUGAGAGUGCUGUACAUAUUUUAAAGUUUCAAAAGGGAUUUUCGUGUAAAGUUCGUCGGCCAUUUUUUGGCCGCAUAGAAGUUAGAUAAAUUUCGGACUUAGCUUAAGUUUUUUAAGGUCAUUUACCAUAGACAACAGAAGAUGUUCUCAAUAAUUUGUUCCAUCACAGCGCUUGUAUUGGCCAGCACAAUAUGCCAGGCACUGCCAGAUUUGCACAAACAAAUGUCGCCAGAGCAACUGCACUCAGUCUUCCAUGUGGACACACACGAUGCCGUGCCGCACUAUGAGCUCGUCCAGCUGUUCCAUCACACAUCGCACGGCGGCCUACAGCGCAAGCGUCGCAGCAUCGGCGAACAACUGGCAGCCACUGUGCAGCAAAAGCCACAUCAUGUCAAAAAGGAUCUGAGCAAGAAUGCCUACUAUAGCGAGCUCAAGCACCAAGCGGCCGCGUCCGGAGCUGACAGCGCUAAUCAGCUGCUUGGCGGCGAUAUCAGCUCCAUCAAGUCGCACAACGUUUCCUUCAGCGCCUUCGGACGCCACAUGAAUCUCACGCUGCGCGCCACGCAGGGCCUUUUCAAGGGUGCGCCUCAUGAGUUGCGCAUGUGGUCGGUGGGCAGCGAACCAAAUGCCACGCAUGGCCUGGACUUGCAAGAGAUUCUCGAUGAGCAGCAUGACAAGCAUGAGAUUGGCGAGGUUUUCCAAGAUGAGCCAAAUAUGGCAGCGAUUCUGAUGCGUCGCCACAUGGAAACGGGCGACCUGAUAAUGGAGGGCAGCAUUGGUCACGAUCUGGUCAUUAAACCUUUGCCACAUGAGCUAAGUCCCAACAAGGAGCAGGCCCAUCACAUUGUCUACAAACGUGAGGCAUCGGCCACUGAUGAUCAACUAAGUGAUUUCGCCUUCAUGGAGCCAGACGAUCUGCUAGCCAGUGAAAAACUUGAACGUCUGCAACGCCGACAGCGUCGAAGCCGCCGCAGCAGCGGUAAUAGUCCCGACUUUGAGGAUCUCAACGACGAGGACGAGGGCACCCUGGACAUAGAGGCGGACCCGACUGAACCGCAUACGUCUGAGUCGCGCUUGCGCUCUAGACGCCAGGCCCCGUACGUCAUCUAUCCCGAGGUCUUGGUGAUUGUCGACUAUGAUGGCUAUCGUCUCCAUGGCGGAGACAACCUGCAGGUUAAACGUUACUUCAUCUCAUUCUGGAAUGGUGUCGAUUUGCGCUAUCGUCUACUGAAGGGACCCAGAAUACGCAUCAGCAUUGCUGGCAUUAUUAUCUCACGCGGUCGCGAUGCCACGCCCUAUUUGGAACGUAAUCGUGUGGGCCGCGAUGCUAUUGACUCCGCCGCCGCCCUAACCGACAUGGGCAAGUAUCUGUUCCGGGAACGUCGCCUGCCCGUCUACGACAUCGCCGUUGCCAUCACCAAACUUGAUAUGUGCCGUCGCACCUCCGCAUUUGGUGAAUGUAAUCGCGGUACCGCAGGCUUUGCCUAUGUUGGCGGCGCCUGCGUGGUUAACAAGCGGCUGGAGAAGGUGAACAGCGUAGCCAUCAUCGAGGACACCGGCGGCUUCAGCGGCAUCAUUGUGGCUGCCCACGAGGUGGGGCACUUAUUGGGAGCCGUGCACGACGGCUCGCCACCGCCCAGCUAUCUGGGCGGACCGGGUGCACAGCGCUGCCGCUGGGAGGAUGGCUACAUAAUGUCCGACUUGCGUCAUACGGAGCGCGGCUUCCGCUGGUCCGCCUGCACCGUGCAGAGCUUCCACCACUUCCUCAAUGGGGAUACCGCCACCUGCCUGCACAAUGCACCGCAUGAGGACAGCGCUUUGGGUAGGUCUCUGCCUGGUACACUGCUCUCCCUGGAUGCGCAGUGCCGGCGAGAUCGCGGCACCUACGCCUGCUUCAAGGACGAGCGUGUCUGCGCCCAGCUCUUCUGCUUUGAUGCACAGACGGGCUACUGUGUUGCCUACAGGCCAGCAGCGGAGGGUUCCGCAUGUGGUAAUGGUUACCACUGUCUGGAUGGUCGUUGCACCCCACUGCCGUCCAACAUAAUACCAGACUAUGGAAACAAUUACCGUUUAGUAUACAAUAAAAUCAGCCAGACAAACGAUGCAAACAGCCAAUCGGCAGAAGACGUUGAAAACAGUAGUGAAGAAAUCGAAUCCCAAGAAGAUGAGACUCCAAGCGAUAAUGAAGAGCAAGAUGACCAGGCCGAGGGCAUCGGUAGUAGUGAGGAGCAGGAGGACAAUAACAUACAGCAAAGCUCUGCCGCUGCAGCUGCUGCGGCUGCCGUUGGCAAUUUGACAGCGACAAAAACAACAACAACAACAACAACAACUGCAAGAACAUUGACAAGGACUACAGAGACUGGGCGUAACAAAUCCUUUGAGUAUUUGCGCCGACUGUACACCACUGAGAGUCCUGAAAACUUCGCAUUGCUCAAUGCGGAAGCUCAUUGGCUACAAAAUGGUGGAGUUAUGGUCAAAACACACACCAGCAGAAGCUUCAGCAGCAGCAGCAGCAGCAGCAGCAGCAGUGCGUCACACACAUCAACAACAACACCUCCACCAACAACAACAAAACUCUCAACAACAACACAAACACCGAAUCUAUUUCAAAUUUAUACAAAUGAACUACGAAAACAUAUCGUAUACUAUUUACACUUGAGACAAACACAACAACAACAACAAGUAAAAACGACACAUAAGCAACAAGAACCACAACAACAAUCGUCCAAUGAACAUUUCUCAAUUCCCUUGGUACAAAAACAAAUUACAAAUUAUAGUGCCACCACCAACAGCAACAACAAUGGCAACAGCAACAGCAACAACAACCACAGCAACAGCAACAGCAACAACAGCGAGGAAAGCAACAAGCGACAACAACUGGCUGAUGAUGAAAAUGAUGACAAUGCCGGCAUUGAGAUCAAUGAAGCGAUUGAGCGGCAAAAACUGGUUAACUGGAAGCUGUUUCCGUUUUAGAGCACUGCCACCUCCGGAUGAACGUUUGGAAUUGGCACACGUCGGUUUGGUUAUUGCCAUUAAAAUUUUAACAAAUACUUGUUUGCAGUUUGCAGCAAAUCGUGUUUUUAGAUAGAAUUUUUUAUUUUUAUUAAUAUUAUGAUUACUAUUGAUUUGUUUUUAGUUUUAGCUGCAACUAAUUUAAAAUAUUUCCUGUUAAAAAACAACGCACCCAACUAAGUGAACAUUUUUUGUAUAAUUGCAAACACCAGUAUGUGGCAAAAAAAAAG